UCCCUCUCUCUCCCGCCCCCCCAACCGGACACAGCCCCCGCCCUACUGCUACCCCUCAGCCAGCCAGCCCGGCACCCCAGCCAUGGAGGACCUGGAUGCUCUUUUGUCUGACCUGGAGUCUACGACAUCCCACAUACCCCGGACUGGGGCUCUUAGGGACCAGUCCCAAGAAGCCACCUCUGCUCCUCCUCCCUAUAGCCAGCAACAACAGAAGGUGGCCAGGGAAACCUCUGGGGCCUCAGGAGACAAAGACCAUUUAUACAGCACUGUGUGUAAGCCUCGUUCCCCAAAACCAGCGGCACCCCCCUUCUCCUCCAGUGGCGUGCUUGGUGCUGGCCUUUGUGAGCUGGACCGCCUUUUGCAGGAGCUCAAUGCCACCCAAUUCAAUAUCACAGAUGAAAUCAUGUCCCAGUUCCCAUCCAGCAAGGCAGCUGAUGGAGAACGAAAGGAAGAGCAAUCUGAGGAAAAGAAAAGGCCCACCACCCCCCCUAGCCCGACGCCGCAACUGCCCAAACCUUCAGCCACCUCAGCUACGCUGGAAUUGGACAAGCUGAUGGCUUCCCUUUCUGAUUUCCGUGUCCAGAACCAUCUUCCUGCUUCUGGGCCUACCCCCAAACCAGAACUGAGCUCGGUGAGUGAUACCUCGCCACCACCCACCUCAGGGUCUACCGCUGAGGGCAGCCUGGACACCAUGCUGGGGUUGCUGCAGUCAGAUCUCAGUCGACAGGGAGUCCCCACCCAGGCCAAGGGCCUUUGUGGUUCCUGCAAUAAACCCAUUGCUGGGCAGGUGGUGACAGCUCUAGGCCGGACCUGGCAUCCAGAGCACUUUUUAUGCGGAGGGUGCUCCGUGGCUCUGGGAGGUAGCAGCUUCUUUGAAAAGGACGGGGCCCCUUACUGCCCUGAAUGCUACUUCGAGCGCUUCUCCCCACGCUGUGGUCUCUGCAAUCAGCCCAUUCGCCAUAUGGCAGAUAUAAAGUGGUUUGGACACCCAAAAGCGGUGUGGGAACGUGUUUUGUUGUUAUUAUUACAGAAGAUGGUCACCGCCCUGGAUACCCAUUGGCAUCCGGAACAUUUCUGCUGCGUCAGCUGCGGGGAGCCCUUCGGGGAAGAGGGGUUCCACGAGCGGGAGGGCCGCCCGUAUUGCCGCCGGGAUUUUCUGCAGCUGUUCGCCCCACGCUGCCAAGGUUGCCAGGGUCCUAUCCUGGAGAACUACAUCUCGGCGCUGAGCGCACUGUGGCACCCGGACUGCUUCGUGUGCAGGGAAUGCUUUACGCCCUUCUCGGGAGGCAGUUUCUUCGAGCACGAAGGACGCCCGCUCUGCGAGAGCCACUUUCACGCCCGUCGGGGCUCCCUCUGCGCGACCUGCGGGCUGCCGGUCACCGGCCGCUGCGUCUCCGCGCUGGGGCGCCGCUUCCACCCGGAUCACUUCACCUGCACCUUCUGCCUGCGCCCGCUGACCAAGGGCUCCUUCCAGGAGCGCGCGGACAAGCCUUACUGCCAGCCUUGCUUCCUCAAGCUCUUCGGCUGAGCCUCCCACCUCGGGAAAGGCCAGCCGCAAGGGCAGAACCCCGUUCUAAGAAAGGCUUCUUCCCUUCAAAAGAGCGCGGUACGAGGGGAGGCCCCUCCCCUUCUCCCCCUCCCAAACCUGGAGGUUGAUUAGCCUCCGUCCCUAGCGAGGCCUCCUGAGAACUAGGCCCGGCCCAAAGAGAGGUCCUUUCCCUCCUCCAGAGCCCGACUCAAGGAUAGAACGCGUCCCCAGCGCACUUCGCCUUUUAAUUAGAGUGCCGGCCGACUCCCGCCCCUUAACUAGACCCAUUCCCAAAGAAAGGUCCGGUCCUUCCUUUGAUUCAAGAAUGUGUCCAGUGCCCGGAGGUCCAUAUCUAUCACAACCUCAAGGCAGAUGUUCUCUCCAAAAAACGCGGCUUUCAGGAGAAAAGUCUCUUCCCAGAAGCUGCCCAAUUAUCCCUGAAGCUCCAUCCCUCUGGGGAAUGUGGAGAAAGGCAUAGGGGUGUGUAGUGAGUGAGUCCGUGCCUCUCUUUGUGGGAAGGAGUAGGGUCUUAACCUUAUUCUGGCUGACUCAAGCCUACUCACAAGAGUAGGCUUUCAGAGGAUACUGAGUUAUGGGGCUCUGCUAGAUUUUCCCAAAUGUGGGGAACUCUUUUAAGUUUUAAAGCACUUGGAUUUUACUGAGAAAGGAAAGCUUAUGGGAAUGGGAUCAGGUCCAAGAAAACUGAGGAUCCAGAUUCUGCCUCAGGGUAUUUUGUGAGAACUCUGGGUUUCCCUCACUGCUAACCUCACCUAUCUCUACAUAAACACAUUUUCACCAACUGGCUUCCUGUGUUUGUCUUUUAGCAAGGGAAGUCAGGUGGCCCUCCAGCCUUUGCCAGUUCUGAUUCUUUUACUUCUGGAAUACACACCCUUAUUCUGAAUCCGGAAACACCGGCUCUCUCUCUCUCCGAAACCUAGUGCUUAAGUUUUGACUAUGUGGCUCUAUGGAACCACCGACAGCCAGAAAUAACCUUCAUGAAUUACUUCUAGCUGGAAGAUUCAUUAAAAAUCAUCUUGGCCCCUUUUUACUGGGGGAAAAAGAACGGAUUUACUCAAGGCUAAACUGAGUUGAUGGCCGAGCUAGAAAUCCAUUUCUGUAGGUCUUUGCUUUCUACCUAUCCAUUCAUUAAUUCAACACAUUUCUGGGCACUCGAUAUAUGUAAUCUGUAGCUCUUACUCCUUUUCCAAUUAGGAUCCUUAUGUGGGAAGAAGUGAAGAAAAGGAUUGGUUACUGAAGAACCCACAGGUCUUAUUAUAAAUGUAGUGAACUGUGGCUGUGUGAUACGGGCAGUUGAUUUAUCUCUCAGGUGCUAUCUUAAGAAGAAAUAUACCACCCACUCCAGAUUGUAUUUGGGAAUGUCAUGGGAUUUUUUAGUUGCUAGAAUUGCAAAAAUUCAGUCUUUAAUAGGCUUGAUCCUUCCCAGAAGACUUUUCUUCCAUAAUUUAACUUCCCUUCUCUCAAAUCACAAAUUUUUAGGCUUAGAAAAAUCACUGUUUCUGGCUAUGUAAUUUAUUACCAAUAUCAAAUAAUAAACACUUAAAACAAGACUGCAAUAGAAAUCAAAGCCAGUCAUUUCUGUGCUCUGGGAAAACAGGAGAAAGAUGACCUGCCAAGUGGAACUGAUGGUUUGGUGUAGUCUCAGUGCCAGUCCAUCCCUCCCUUUUUUUCUGGUUUACUGGUCCUCAUCUAUUUCUAUUUUGCUUUCAUCCUUCCACUUUCUUGAGUAGUGUCCCCUCAAAUUUAGCAGAAAAUCCCUAAGUGCCUCUGGAACCCUAAAGCAAACAACACUGUUUAGGCCUAAAGAUUUUCUGUCCUUCCAGGGAAGUUCUCCAAAGUUUCUGUCAACCCAAUGAAAGGUACACCUAAGUAGCCAAGGUCUCUGUGAUCCUGGAUCUGUUACCUAUGUGUAAUCCAUAGCCUAGUUCCUCAAACUGAAUGGCUCAUACAUACUUUAAUUUGGAAAGUGUGCUCUUCAAAAUGAUUGGUUUCUCUCUGGAUCAUUGCCUCUACUUGGAUCCAUGAUCUUUUUCAAAAAUAAAGUCUAAGUAUACCUCUGUGCAGGUUUCCCUAAAUAUGAAUGUCAACCCUAACUUGCAAAUAGACAAUAUACAAUUUAUGUAUAUGACAACCUUUUUGCCUUACGGAAAGUGUGUAAACUGGAAGGCUGUUUAGGAACCCCCUGAAGCUCUCCCUUGAUGCAGACUGAAUUACCAAUAAGACAAUCCUUUUAUUCCAUUAAGUCUUUCCCACAAUGUACCAGGCCCCCCCAAGAAGUACAAUGCUACCAUGUGGUUUAGAUUCUCACUUCAAUACCCAUCCCCCUCCACCCUACCCCACCCUAUCCCACCCAUCAAGAUAAACAAAUAAACAUUCUUUGGAGCUCAAUGAAUAAGUAAACCCCAGUUGGGAAACCACAUUUCUCAGCCUGGGGCUCUUCAGAACAAGACUUUUGCUUCAUGUGGAAGAGGUCUUCUAAGCCCCAAUUCCUAAAAUAAUUUUCUUUAGUUUCUCCUGUUCUAAGAUGUCUCCGUUAACAUGUAUUGAGAAGACUGGUAUAAGGCAUUCCUAGUGCACCAUCUGUUUUGUCUUCAACCCUCUUCUCAUUAAUAGUUGUUUUGUUUUGUUUUUUGCCAAGGAAGCACUUUUUGUAUCAAUAUCUUGAGACUGACAAAUCUUAAUUGAUAGGUCUAAACCCAAUGGACCAAGAAGCUCACUCUGAAGCAAAAAAAAAAAAAAAAAAAAAAAGUUAUGGAAGAAACUGG